AUGACAAACAAGGAAGCUCGUCACACAAAAUGCGAUGAAAUAGCUAAAAGACAUGCAGUUUGGAUAAGUGAUCUCCAAUUCCUUGAUAUUGAUCGACCGUUUCAAAGUUCAAAGGAUGGAUUGAGAAUUGCUGUAAGUACUCGCUAUGGCGAGAUUCUUUUAUAUGAGACCCAAAUAUCCUAUCACCCUAUUAUUCAAGUAUUAGCAAGCUUUUAUCCAUUGAUCCAAUUAUGGUUUGGAGGAAACGAAAAGGAAUUGCUUUUUAGUGAUACUCAGUUUAAUGUCGGAGUUUUUGAUUCAGUAACUGGAAAAUCUAAAUUAAUUUUAACUGGUGAAUCCAGUUCACGCAUUUUGUCAAUGAGCGCCAAUUAUCUACCACAUAAAUCUGGCAGAGAUGGCACUAGAAACACAAAGAGAUCUUUGAGUAACAAUUCUCAACCUAAAACUGAAACAUUUAGUGAAACAUCACAUCAAAAUAUCUUUGGAACUCUUAGAAACCAAGCAUUUCCUUUUCAUUCGGAGGAAGCAGACAUUCAGUCCGUAGAACUUCGAGAUUUAGGGAUACAAGCCUCAGGCCUCUUAAAUACGACCAUUACAACUCUCCAAACAAAUAACCAUUCUAAUUCCCAAUUAGUUUCUGAAAGAUCUCAGCAUCAAAGUCUAACAAGUACAAGUACAUUAGUAACAAGAAACAUUCAUGGCGAUUUGUGUAAUAAUGCUAGCGAAACAGAUUCUGCUAGUAUCACUCCAGAUAUGGUUAUUACAAAUAAUGAGGGAAACAAUAUAAUCGAAUCUCAACCAAUUCUUCUUGCAACUGGAGGUCUUGAUUCGUAUCUACGUAUAUUUGACUCUGAAACAGGCCAAAUGACUUCAAAGAUAAAUAUUGAUUCCAAAAUCUCUAAAGUUCUAAUUAUUGAUCCAAAUCCAAUCGAAAAUAAGGAUUUACUCGGUGACUUCAAAACUGAUCAGAUUAAAUUAGAAAACUAUACAUUUAAAAGAAAAAAAGACGCAUUAGAUAUUGAAACUGUCAAAUCCAAAAAAAUGAAAACAAAAAAUGAAACAGCACACUAG